AUGAAAGAAGAAUUUGAUGCCUUAAUUGAAAAUCAUACUUGGGAUUUGGUGCCGCGUCCUCCUCAUGCUAAUAUCAUUCGGUCUUUGUGGGUAUUUCGUGUCAAGACCAAGUCCGAUGGCUCUUUUGAGCGCUAUAAAGCGCGUCUUGUUGGUGAUGGUAAAUCUCAAAGGGAAGGCAUCGAUUGUGAUGAAACUUUUAGUCCGGUUGUUAAACCUACUUCUAUUCGCAUUCCUCUGGGUUUUCGUGAUCCUACUCGUCCUAGUCAUGUUUGUCUUCUUCGUAAGUCUCUUUAUGGUCUCAAACAGGCUCCUCGUGCUUGGUAUCAACGGUUUACUACUUUUGCAACUACUAUUGGCUUUUCUAACAGCAUUUCUGAUAAUUCCUUGUUUGUUUAUUGUCAUGGCUCUAAUAUUGCUUAUCUGCUAUUAUAUGUGGACGAUAUUAUUCUCACAGCUUCCUCAGAUUCACUUCGUGAGUCCAUUAUGUCCAAACUUAGCUCUGAAUUUGCCAUAAAGGAUUUGGGUCCUCUUAAUUAUUUAUUGGGUAUUGCUGUUACUCCUACUUCUACGGGCCUCUUUCUCUCUCAACAAAGGUAUGCCUCUGAAAUUCUUGAAAAGGAUGGCAUGUCCCAAUGUAAUCCUGUUGCUACUUCUGUUGCUACCUCCGGCAAACUUUGUGUUAAUGCUGGUUCUCCUUGUGAAGAUCCUACCUUGUAUCGUAGCCUAGCUGGUGCUUUACAGUAUCUUACUUUCACUCGCCCAGAUAUUUCAUAUGCUGUUCAGCAAGUUUGCCUCUAUAUGCAUGAUCCUCGCAUUGAACAUAUGGCUGCUAUUCAUCGCAUUCUUCGCUAUGUCAAGGGUACUCUUCCCUAUGGUUUGCAGUUACAUCGUUCUAAUAUUUCAACUCUUUUGUCCUAUACCGAUGCUGAUUGGGGUGGCUGUCCUGACACUCGCCGCUCAACUUCUGGUUACUGUGUUUUUCUAGGUGAUAACUUAAAUUCUUGGUCAGCUAAACGACAAACUACUGUUUCCAAAUCCAGUGCUGCAGCUGAAUAUCGUGGUGUUGCUAAUGUUGUUUCUGAAACUUUCUGGAUUCGCAAUUUACUUCUUGAGCUGCACUGUCCUAUUACCACAGCUACCCUUGUCUAUUGCGAAAAUAUUAGUGCCGUUUAUUUAGCUGGUGAAGCUUUAAUAGGAGGCAGCCCUAAUGAGUUUGUUUAUGAUUUUUAUAGCAAGGCAAGGUAUGCUAAGGCCUAUACUCCUAUUGUCAUGUCAAUGCUUGAUCCUAUUGACUGGAAAAAAUCUCGCAUCGUCAACCUAACCCACCUCCAUACAAGAAACUUCUAG